AUGAAUGUCAUCUACCCACUAGCGGUGCCUAAGGGACGCCGGCUCUGCUGUGAGGUGUGCGAAGCCCCGGCCGAGCGAGUGUGCACUGCCUGCACAGUCACCUACUACUGUGGUGUCGUACAUCAAAGAGCAGACUGGGCCAGCAUCCAUGAGAAGAUAUGCCAGCUCCUGAUUCCGCUUCGCACUCCCAUGCCCUUCUACAAUUCAGAGGAAGAACGACAGCAUGGCCGGCAACAGUUGCAGCAGCGGCAGAAGUAUUUGAUUGAAUUCUGCUACACUGUAGCCCAGAAAUAUCUCUUUGAAGGAAAGCAUGAAGAAGCUGUUCCAGCAGCACUGCAUUCUCUUCGCUUCCGUAUGAAUGUGCAUGGCCUCAGCUCAGUGGAGCUUGUGCCCGCUUACCUGCUGUUAUCAGAGGCUAGUCUUGGACUGGGUCGGAUCGUCCAGGCUGAGGAAUAUCUCUCCCAGGCCCAGUGGACUGUGCUCAAAUCAACUGAGUGCUGCAAUGCCACCCACUCUUUAUUGCAUCGCAACCUGGGACUUCUCUAUAUGGCUAAAGAAAACUAUGCAGAAGCCCGUUACCAUUUGGCCAAUGAUAUAUACUUUGCCAGCUGUGCCUUUGGAGUAGAGGACAUCAGAACAUCAGGAGGUUAUUUCCACUUGGCUAACAUCUUCCAUACCCUAAACAAAUUGGAACAGGCAGACACACUAUAUACCAAGGUCACUGAAAUCUGGAACAACUAUUUGAAUAAUUACUAUGAAGGCCUCUCACGGUCUCGCCUCCAACAAAUAGAUUUACUGGGCAAACAAUUUGAAAAUGAUACUGGCUUAGAUGAAGCCCAGGAAGCAGAAGCCAUACGGAUCCUGACUUCAAUCUUGAACAUUCGGGAAUCUGCAUCUAAACCAGACCCAGAAAAAACUGUCUUUGUUCUGAAAACCCUGGCCAUGCUUUACUACCUGAUGACGAAUUAUUCAAAGGCCCAAAAAUAUGCCACAAAAGCCCUUACUAUAGCUACUGAACAGCUCAGUGAUCAAGAACAAGAAAACGUUAAAAAUUUGUUAAAUCUCAUCUCAGCUGAAGAAUCUCAUCCCCAGUGA